GAUUCUGAAAAUUACCCUUCGGAGCAAAAGCUUUGCAAUUCCGGUCUUGCCGGGCGACCCAUCUACAAUUCCCCUCUCGCCCUGAAAAUUACCCUCUCGCCCUGUCGCCUCUUACAAUUCACCUUACUCUCCAAUCCAGAUCAGCAUUUUCUUUGUUAGUGAUUCUUCAGCUUGUUUUGGCGGAAAUAUCGACAGCUCAUUACAAAGAUCGACUGAAGAUGGUUGUCCUUGCAGCUGCUGUUAUUACCAAACCUGGGAAAGUGCUGGUUUCAAGGCAGUUUGUGGACAUGUCUCAAAUAAGAAUUGAGGGGUAUCUUGCUGCAUUUCCCAAAUUAGUUGGAUCUGGAAAACAGCACACUUAUGUUGAGACUGAAAACGUGCGCUAUGUUUAUCAGCCAAUAGAGUCUUUGUAUUUGCUGCUUGUGACUAAUAAACAGAGCAACAUUCUUGAUGAUUUGGAGACACUCAGACUGCUCUCAAAACUUGUACCUGAAUAUUGUUAUCCCCUAGAUGAGGAGGGAAUUUGUAAAACAGCAUUUGAGCUCAUUUUUGCCUUCGAUGAACUCAUAUCGUUGGGUCAUAAGGAGAAUGUUACGGUUGCACAAGUUAAACAGUACUGUGAAAUGGAGAGCCAUGAAGAGAGAUUGCACAAGCUGGUUUUGCAGAGCAAGAUUAAUGAAACGAAGGACGUCAUGAAGCGCAAAGCUAGUGAGAUUGACAAAAGCAAGAUUGAAAAGAACAGGGGUGAUAAAGGUUUUAUGUCUAUUCAGUCAAUGAGCUCAGGAAGAAUUGAUAGUGGCUUCAGCAGUGAUUCAAGCAUAACUAAUACUGGGCGUGAUUUUGGAUUGAAUGCUGAUAUGGAUCUUUUCCCCACCAAAUCAAAGGGCCGCACUGCACCUACUACAGCUCCUUCUAAAGUCCUUGGUAUGCAGCUAGGAAAAUCACAAAAGACCAACCAAUUUUUGGAAUCUCUUAAAGCUGAGGGUGAAGUUAUUGUUGAGGAUGUUAAACCUAGUACUGGUCAGUCUAAGACAGCUGGCCUUCCACUGACUGAUCCUGUCACCUUUAGUGUGGAAGAAAAGCUUAAUGUAACAUUAAAACGUGAUGGAGGAGGUAGCCAUUUUGACAUGCAAGGCACCUUAUAUCUUCAAAUUCUCAACCAAGAAGAUGGAUUUAUCCAAGUCCAGAUUGAGAAAGGUGGUAAUGGUGAUAUAAAUUACAAGACACACCCUAAUGUCAACAAGGAGUUAUAUUUGAGAGAAAAUAUUCUAGGCCUCAAAGAUCCAAAUAGGGCUUUUCCCACUGCGCAAUCAGGUGGUGGUGUUGCUCUGUUGAAAUGGAGACUGGAGUCAACGAAUGAGUCUUUUUUUCCAUUAACAAUUACCUGUUGGCCAUCAGUUUCCCCAAAGGAAACCUAUAUGACUAUUGAAUACGAAACUCCAGCAAACAUUGAUCUUCAGAAUGUUAUAAUUUCUGUGCCCCUUCCAGCUCUCAGAGAUGCCCCAAAUGUAAAGCAGAUUAAUGGAGAUUGGAGAUACAACUCCAGGAACUCUGUUCUUGAAUGGUCGAUAGUUCUCAUUGAUAACUCGAACAGCAGUGGGUCCCUAGAAUUUACCGUGCCUCCAAUGGAUCCAUCAACCUUCUUCCCAAUAUCGGCCCGCUUUACUUCUUCAUCGACUUAUAGCCACUUGAAGGUGACCAACAUAUUGCCACUUCAAGGUGGGUCCGCCCCAAAAUUUUCACAAAGAACUGUGCUGGUUACUGAGAAUUACCAAGUGGUUUGAGACAGAGGGAUAUGAAAAAUACUUUUGAAUUGGAGUUUGAUUGGUUUUUAGGAACAUCACAUAUCCUACUACCCUUCAACCUGUUUGGAUUUUGGAUUUUGGGAACAAAGUAAACCGAAUACUUUGCGUUAAAUGAUUUGAAUCUUUUAUGGGAUUUCAUUACAAGUCCUUUAAUAAUUUCACUUCGCUGCGUUUGGUAGCCCUUUUUUCCAUCAUUUCCAAUGGAGCCAGAGGCAAGACUCACUAUUUUUUGGCCUGAAAAUAUGAUGGAAUAAAGCAAAAUGAC